CUUGUAGUUGAACAAAGGUACUCGAUAAAGUUAUUUCAAUUUGAUUUUGUAUUUUUUACUAACUAUUUUUCAAAAUAUGAAGACAAUAACUUUGUUAUUUGUUUCGGCGGUUUUCUCACUUUCAGAUUCGUCUGAUCCUUAUUUUCAAAUAGUGCAGCUAGAAAACCAGAUAAAUUAUGAUGAGCUAUACACGAAAAAUACCCUAAAAGUAGACAAGGAUCGAUUGUCGUUAUACGUCUAUACCCCGCAAGAUCUAAUGGGUUCUCAAAUAACCCUUGCAGACGCCCAGAACAUCACCAACGUGAGCAGUUUUGAUAUUUCAAGACCAACUUAUAUUUAUACACAUGGCUGGACCACCAUGUUUAAUAGUAUCGAUGGAAGAGAAAUAAGAGAGGCGAUUUUAAGCACUAGCGACUCUAACGUACUAAUUUACAAUUGGGAUUAUUGUGCUGAUAAUAUACUUUAUACGACUGCUUGGGGAUGCGUUGAAGGAGUGGGAACUUACUUAGGAAUUUUUUUGACUGAACUCUCUGCUUCUUAUGGUUAUUCUUUAGACAAUGUGACUGUAAUAGGUCACAGUCUAGGAGCUCACGUUUCGGGUUUUGCAGGCAAAGCUACUAAUGGUACUGUGGGAGUGAUUGUAGGGCUUGACCCAGCUGGUCCAUUAUUCUUUAAAAAUCUACCUAAUCACAGAUUAAGCAGAACAGACGCUAAAUAUGUUCAUGUGAUACAUACAAGUCGUAUUGUGUUUGGGGUAAAUUAUAAUGUUGGGAUAGCGGAUUUUUGGGCAAAUGGAGGACGAAUACAAAAUGGGUGCGAAUCAGAUAUCCUACAAAUUGGCACUUGUUCCCACAAUAGAGCGUUCAUGUACUACGCAGAAUCUAUACUUUAUAACAACUUUCAAGGGCAAAUUUGCGAGAGCUAUGAUAAGUUCGUGAACGACAAUUGCACUACAAAUCCAAAAGGUUAUAUGGGAGGACUUAAUAUUGACACAUCGUUAGAAGGAGUAUUUUACCUGAAAACUAACUCCGAGUCUCCAUAUGGCCAAGGUGACCUAUAGGGGCUAUAGUAUCUUCUUAUCUAAUAGUUGGUUCGUUGUUUUAUUGCACAGUUUGUAUUAAAUAACUUAUUAAAUAUCGAAUAAUUAAAGAAACUUUUUAAUAAACCA